AUGGGCGUCAGCCGCAUGGUCUAUGGCCAUAUCUUCACCUCGUGCGGUGCGAGGAAAUGCAGGGUUUGUGGGUCGGAGGCGCACGAGGCAAAGGACUGUGACGAUUCGAGGACGUGCCACGGGUGUGGUUCAUCAGCACAUCUGUGGAGGGAAUGUCCAGCUCGUCACAAGUCCAAUGCAGCUGCAGCUGGUGGGGAAUCAGGAGCAGGAGAGGGGGAUGGGGGAGGAGGAGGAGUUCCAGACCCAAGCCCGGGGCCAGAGGGAACACCAUCAACGACGGAGGAGGAGCCGAGAACAGCAGCAGGAGAGGGGGACGGGCAGGGGACUGCCAUAGCAGGUCCGGAAGGAGAGGAGGUGCCAGAGACGGAGGGGUGUGGGAGAGGAGGUGCCGGAGAGGAAGGAGACGGUCGGGGAGGAGCCAGCCACAGCCCCAGUAGGAGAGGAGAAGGGGGGGGGAGCGAGAUGUCGAGUGCCCGGGGGGACGACAUGAGGGAGAUGGUGGUCAGGGGGUCUCCCCACUGCCGGUGUCGCCGAAGAAGAGAGGGAAGAGGAGGGGGUGAUCCACGGACAGGAAGAGGGAAAUGGGUGGUGAGGGAGAGGAGGUGGCCAAGAGGGUCAUGGGGAGAAGGGCAGUGUGGGGGAAGAAUCUCCUGUGUCCUUUGCAAAUUGACAUUUCAUCACCAAAUGGACAUGGCCGUUUCUCGUAAACGGAACAGACUUCAAAGUUGAAACUCGGUGAGCAGAGGGGCGGCCAGAUGUACUUUUAGCCUGAAAACAAGAUAGCAUCGAGGCCACAACGCUCUUUGAGUUAAUGCACAUUUUCUGGGAUUAAAGGUCGCUAAUUUGACUGUUGCACGUCAAAGUACAUAAACCUGUGUAAGGAAAAAUAGAACCAGCAAUUUAUCUAUCGUAGUUUACAAGAAAUCGUACAACGUCAUCUUCGUGAUGAUAAAAAAAUAUAUGUAUUUUGUAGAAAAAGUUCUAGAUCCAGUUGAGGCGUGUUAAGGCGGAUCCGGCGCUCUACGUGAUUUCUGUGAUUUUCUGUAUAAAUUUGUCCACCUUCAACAAGUUAGGUGCAUUUUCAUAUUGCAAAUGUACAGCAAAUAGACAGUGUCCAUUUGCCAUUAGAUAUAUUGCCAGUGCCAAUAUUUAAUAUUGCAAUUGGACAGACUCACACAAGUAUUCUUUUGAGACCCAAAGAACCACCCCAUAAGCCCAGGACACAGAGACAGCACCCAUAGAGACAUGCUCUAGCCUGACAAGUGCUCACACUACCCAUCAGACCUCCAAGAAAAACUCACACACACAGCCAAGAUGGCGUGACACAGUGUGGGGCUUACAGACACACAGAGCCUGCAAUAGUUACCUGAAUUCGGACCAUCAAAGAACCGUCAGACCAAGAGCUCUGAAACUUUAAAAACCUGUUCUAAAGCUUAAGUCGGUCCUGCACAGUGAGUUAUGUGGCUCUAGGAGGUUCUCCGGCCGGGAAACAGCCUCGUCCAUUUGCUAUAUCUUCAAUUAAUUUUUAUCCUCAUGAAAAUGACGACAUUUAGAGAAGUCCCAGAAUCACAAUACUAGGUGCAUUUAAACCGCCCUGGCCCAUAGAAAUGGACCCUAUACAUUUCUGGCCAAUAGCUCGUUCAGGGAUCCCGUAGCAACUCCUGAAAAAAGUGAUUUUUCAGCACUAAUUAAGGUCGCUGCUCGGGCUCCGAAUGACCUAUCAAGCCGAAACUCGGGAUUCCGGUUCGCCUCAGCUAGGCCUACACAUAAUGUCAGAAUUGGAUCCGCAGCUCGAAUGUUGGCUUCUAAACGAGUUGGACAAAGUGAGUUUGGUGUCAGUAUGUAUCAGUUUGGUGUCAGUAUGACAUCUUAUUGACUGAUGGUUGACUUGAUGGCUGACUGUCCAAUUGCAGUAUAAAAUAUUGGCACUGGCAAUAUAUCCUAUGGCAAAUGGACACUUUCCAUUACCGAUAUGAUUAAAUAGGGAGUUCCCAUCACCAAAUGGUCAGGCUAAAAUCAUCACUGAAAAGCAAACGAAUGGCAUCACUGUAGUCUCUAGGCUGUUCCGAGUUCAACAAGGUGCCCCACUUGACCGUAGCUCGCUCGGUCUGAUUGCAGCAACUGUGCAAAUAAGUAGGCCCGGAAUGAAGCCUGACUAGUAGUGAUUUCAACAUGAUUUGACAUAUUGCGGCCUCUAGGUCACGCAGAGACACACUGUUUUUGACUAUGUCAUUGGGGGAGGUUGAGGUGGACAAGCCACAGAGUUAUUCUAGCUGCGUGCGGCGGUUCUUUCAGUUUGACCCCAUUCGAGUUGUUCCCCCUUAUGACAACAUUGGUUUACAGGUUAUGCUCUAACUCUGCUUCUGUUUAUUCAAUUUGCAAAAUUCCUUUUGCCACGUGUUCAGUGUCACCUUUAGCUUUAUAGAUAUCAAUAUGAAUAAAGUACAUGGUCCCCUUCAUAUCUUAAACGGGAAGUAUUAACAAUAAAUCUUAUGUCAAAUGCCAUUGUAACUAAUUGCCAUGGGAAAGCAAUCAAGUCAGCCAUCCCAUUGAUAAAUUCAUCAAAAACAGUCAAAGGACAAAACAUUUGAAAUGUAUUUGUACAGUAGAGUGUCCCAGUAGUGGACUUUAUUAGUUAAAGCCAUAGUGUAAUUUUUUGUAACGGGUAUGGAAUUGACUGAAUGCUGAAUAGCAGAGUAAGAGUGUCAUCAAUGUGAUCGUUUUAAUGGUAAAAUACUGAAUUUGACUGUGAGCUGACAGCAAGGUAGGAGUUGGAGGAGUAUUUUAGUGGGAGGAGUGUGUUUUGGAAAUCGAAUGUAUUUGACUAGUGUCACGACUUCCGCCGAGGCUGCCUCCCCGCCUUGUUCGGGCAGGUUUCAGCGUUCGUCGUCACCGGCUUACUAGCUACUGCCGAUCCCAUUCUCAUCACUCCACCUGUCAUGUCUUGUCUUGUCAAUCACACACACCUGGUGCUCAUUCCCCUAAUUAGUAUGUGUAUAAGUGUUCCCUCUGUUCCCCUUAUCUUUGUGAGUGAUUGUAUUUGUGAGAGCAAGUAGUUUGGUUGAGCCACUCUUCCAUUUGUUAUUGCCAAGGUGGAAUAGUUCCCUUGUGAUAGUUUCGUUUUGACGCUGGGUGCGUUUUAUUUAUGUAAACGGAAUAAACUCUGGACUUCGGUGUUUUACCUCCUGCGCCUGACUCCUUCAUUCACACCUCGUCACAACUAGAGGCUGACAGGCAGAGGAGGAGUGGAAGGAGUGGUGGGAGUGGUCUCAGAUGUGUUUAUAAGCAGCAACUAAAGCAGCCUGCAGCAUUCUACUUUCUGGAUUGCUUAAGUGAUUGUGUUAAGGUUUUUAUUUCCUGUUAUUUCACUUUUCAAUAGUAUAGAUGGCUCCAGUGCGUUCUUUAAUGCGUUCAUGUCCACUUUUCUGUAAGGUUGUGGUUGGCUUCAGUCCGCACCUUUGGCAAGUACAAAAUGUUAGGAACAAUGAGGAGAGGAUGCUCCUUUGUAAUUGGCAGUCGGACCGUGUCAAUAUCAGGCAGGAGAGGUGUCCAGUGACAGGAUGCUCCACCCAUGUCAGCAGGCUGGACCGGCAUAUGGACUCCCAUACAGACCUCAACAGAGCACAGAGGAGACGGGCUUUAGAGGAGGUGAAGAGACGGCUGACGAUGGAGAGGCUGGCUGUGGGGGUGGCAAAGAAGUCCCUCAGCUUUCAGGCCGAGGCAGACACAGCGCAAGAGGAGCUGCAGCAGGACCAAGUGACAGGUUCAGGGGACCAGACAGAGCAGGCUACAGCGUCCGGAUCUAGCUGCAAACGUAUCUUCCCGGGCUCUGGUAUU